UUAGGAACAGCAGCUUGCCCAAAUUCAGUUUUUCAUUGUACAAAUGCAGGACAUAGACCAAAGGAAAUCCCUUCUUCAUGGGUAAAUGAUGGAAUAUGUGAUUGUUGUGAUACGAGUGACGAAUAUAAUAGCAGUUCUGAUUGUGUAAAUGAUUGCAUAGAACUUGGAAGAAUAGCUAGAGAAGAAGCUAAAAGACAAAGAGAACUAUUAGAUAAAGGAUACAACUUGCGAUUAGAACUUAGUAAACAAGGAAGGGAAAAAAGAGAAGAGUAUAAGAAAAUGGAAAACAUAAUAAAAUGUCUGUUUUUGAUAGAACUGAGAAAAGAAGCAGAAGAGAAAGAAAAAGCUGCAUUAGACAAGUAUAAAGCUGAAGAAGAGGAAAAAAAACGUCAAAAGGAAGAGUAUGAAAUGCUGCAACAGCAACAAGAAGAAAAAGCCAAUGCUGAAGAUGCUUUUAAUAAUCUAGAUAUGAAUGAAGAUGGGAUCAUUACUGUUAACGAACUCCAGUUAUUUCGAAAAUUUGAUCAAAAUGGUGAUGGAGUGGUGUCUGAAGAAGAAGCAAAGUUUUUCCUCCACAUGAAAGAAGAAAUGGAGUUAGAAGAGUUUAUCAGUACUGGUUGGAUGAUUAUGAAGCCUAUUUAUAUGAUGGACAAAAUGACGACUCCAGAACCACCACUUAUACGCCCACCUCCUGAACAAACUGAUGAAGUAACAGAAAGCUAUACAGAUGAUGAAACAAAACAGGACCAGAUUGAACGUGAGGAACCAGUGGAGGGAGAUAGCAAUGAAGAGGAAGAAAAUGAUCAUCGUGAAAAUGUUGAAGAUGAUGAUGAUGAUGAUGAACUAGAUGAUGAGGAAUUUGAUGAUGAAAUUCCUCACCCUCCAAGUAAAGAUGAUGAUCCAAAACCACCAGAAAAACAAGAACCAAAAUAUGAUGAAGAAACACAAAAAUUGAUUGAUGCUGCUAAUCAAGCAAGGGAAGAAUUUUCUAAAGCAGAACAUGAACAUAGACGGAUAAGUGAUGAAAUUGGAAAUAUCGAGCAAGUUCUGGAAGUGGACUUUGGUCCAGAAGAAGAAUUUGCUACCUUAAAAGGUCAAUGUUUCGAAUUCACGGAUCGAGAAUAUAUUUACGCUUUGUGUCCUUUUGAUCGAACUUCUCAAAGACCCAAAGCUGGUGGUUCAGAUACUAGCUUAGGCUAUUGGGGCCGAUGGAUAGGACCUGAAGAGAACAAAUAUUCCAGGAUGAAAUUUGAAGGAGGUGUGACUUGUUGGAAUGGCCCAGCUCGCUCAGUUGUGGUAAAUCUACAUUGUGGAGUUGAGAACAUAUUAUCUGCUGCUUCUGAGCCAAGCCGGUGUGAGUACCUGUUUGAAUUUACUACACCUGCAGUGUGUUUUACUCCUCCUAACCAGAUGGAUGACACAGAACAUGUACAUACAGAACUAUAACUCAUAUCUGUCUUUAUCUUCACAGAUCUUUAAAGAAACAUCAACGAUUGCCAAAAUUCAGUCAUUAUACUGCACUGGGAAUAAAUCUUUUUCAGUGCAACAGGUUUACAAAAAAAAGAUCUAUACCAUGUAAUGAUCUUCAAGCUGCUUAAAUAGCACAUACAAAUCCGUUUUUGCAAGGAAGGAAAGAAUUACCCAUGUUCAUUCAUCAGUUGGAAUUGGUUAAUUAUGAUUGACAGAGAACCAUGACACUAAAUACAAAGUGUGGAUAUAAAUAAAUGAAAAAAAUCUGGAGUUAUUAUUAAACUCUAAAAAAACAGAAGCAAAUGUUUGUGCAUUACUUUUAUUAUGGAAACAUUUUGUACAUUUGUAUUAUCACAAUGAGUCAGAAAUCUUAAUUAGAAGGAAAAAAGAUUGUUUUCAUACACUAGUUGUUCUUUAUACCUAAAAUAGUUUUGAGAA